GAUCCGGUGGAACAGAUGGAUAUUUUCUCUCCGUUUUUCCUUAACCAGACCAGUUCAGAUAAGUUCAUUCUGUUGUAAUUGGUCUGGCGGAAAAUAGUUAAAUAACUUUCCAGAACUAUAGAGUGGUGAAUGUGUUGUGGACUUGACAAAGAAAGAAAAAUCUAAGUUCAUAUUUUGAGAAGAAAAGAAGUUGAAGAAGAAGGUUGUGAAAGUUUUGAACGCUUAGUUGUUUGGGUGCUGUGGUAUAAAAUUCAUUAAAAAAAAAGAUUCUUCGUCUUCAAAAUAAAAACUGUGCUGGUGUUUCACAACAAGUUUAAAUAAAUAUUCUGGAGACAGAUGAAGGAGUGUUUAGUUUAAAACAGCAACAAACUUUAUUCUGAACUAAGAAAUAAGAAAAUAACCACUUACUGAUAUCUUUCUGCUGUGGAAACGAAUCGAUAUUUAGCUUUUAUCUCUCAAAGUAGGAAAGAGAAUUUUUCUUUUUAACCAUUUGUGAUAUCAGCGUGACACGUGAAAACUUUGCUAUUAAAAAACAUUUAACUUCGAAUAAAGUAUAUAAGUAACGCUAAAACCCUGUGUUAUUACUUUCCUAAAAUAGGAAAGUAAAUUUUUUUUUAUUCUACAUUAAGUAAAAAAAGUAAAAAAAAUCUUUAACAUUUCGAAUUUCUUUUAUUACUAAUUUCCUAAUAUCUUUGUUAAAAUUGGUCUGAAGAUUGUAAAAGAAGAUUAGUGAAUUAUUCUUCAUUAAGGUUUUUGUAAUCAGUUUCAUGAAUACAAUACUAUAAAUAGAAAUUCGAAUACAUUUUCUUCUUAUAUAAUCAUACACCACGUAAAAAACGUUAUGAAAUAAUUACUAAAGCCUGAAAUAUUAUACUUAUUUCAUCUUUCUCCGUUUAAUAACUAUAAUUUAAUUUUAAACAAUAGAAAAACGCUCAUUGAAAUUAAUAGAACGCGACAUAAUGUUGAAAAUAAUAGCAUAAUAUUAAACACAAUUUUCAGUAAAGAUUAACGGCUCUACAUUUUAAAUUGGAAAAAAGUAGCAUAAGAUAGAAAGCAAUUUUCAGUGAAGAUUAAUUGCAAUAUUUUCAGUCCCCAUUAAUUAUGCAUAACCAACCAAUUUGCAGUGAUUGCAAUUUGGCACGUGUCAGAUGUGAUCGCGGUGCAUAGGUCGAUCCAGAAGGAAUGAAGAGACAAAACGUACGAACCUUAUCUUUGAUAGUGUGUACCUUCACCUACCUGUUGAUUGGUGCAGCGGUGUUCGACGCACUCGAGUCUGAGAACGAACAAGUACAGCGAUCUACGAUUCACUACGUCGAGAGGCUGCUCAUUAAAAAGUACAACAUCAGCAAGGAAGACUACCGAAUCUGGUCAACGGUCAUCAUCAAAAGUGUGCCACACAAGGCGGGAAUUCAGUGGAAGUUUGCCGGCUCCUUCUAUUUUGCAACGACCGUACUGACCACUAUAGGAUACGGCCACUCCACCCCCGCCACCGUAGGCGGCAAAACUUUCUGCAUGUUCUACGCCCUGGCUGGCAUCCCCUUGGGACUUGUGGUGUUCCAGAGCAUAGGAGAGCGACUAAACACUUUCGUCGCUUUCGUACUCAAAAACCUGAAGAGAGUGGCAGGAUUGAGAAACACCGAUGUCUCGGAGACCAAUCUCAUCUGUCUCAUCUCCAUCCUCUCUACGGUUGUCAUGACGACGGGGGCCGCGGCAUUCUCCAAGUACGAGCGCUGGGACUACUUCGACUCCUUUUACUAUUGCUUCAUCACCCUCACAACCAUAGGUUUUGGUGAUUAUGUUGCACUGCAGAAAGAAAGUGCUCUUCAGAGUAAACCAGAAUAUGUAGCCUUCAGCUUAGUUUUUAUACUGUUUGGAUUAUCCGUGGUGUCAGCCGGAAUGAAUUUAUUGGUUCUUCGGUUUCUUACCAUGAACACUGUUGAUGAGAGACGAGAUGAAGCUGAAGCUCAGAGCGCUGCACAAGAGGCUGUUCGUCUAGAAGGAGAUGUGAUCACAGCAAAUGGAAGCAUAAUAUCCGGUCUGGGUCCUGAUGAGUCUGAUUCAGAUGGUGAUGGCACAGUGUGCACAUGCAGCUCAAUUUGUCCCUUAAGGCGAAAGAGGGAGAAAAACAUUGAAACACCAUACCGAUAUAGAAGCAGAUCUUUGAGUCGAUCACCUCAUGGCAUGGCUCUGCAUGUGAUUAGCCCAUCAGACACAAGAGACGAGAUCUUGGACUCCUUGAGGUCAGACUCUGAUCUUUGCAUGGAAUUCCCUGAUAUAAGGAAGAAGAGACUGUCCAUCUGACAUAAGCUUAUGCUUAAUGAACUACAACAAAUUAAUUGACUAAGGGACAGAGAGAUUGUCUUAAUUUGGUAAGAUUCUGAACACGUAACCAAGGCAACCAAUAUCUUGAGCUUCACGGUGAUUAAUACUACCCUUAAAGAAAGCUUUCUCAUAUAUUCACUGAUUCAGAGGAAAAAUACUUUAUCUGAACUUUACUUGCUUAUGAAAUGUUUUCUUACAGUGCACAAUGCCUUACACUGAUACUAGACAAGAUACAUUUAACAAAGAUGUCACCAGACCGAGUCAUCUUACGUUUUAAACAUGCAGUUGUUCAAAAAUUCACUUGUUAAAUGCAAAAUAUAAAAACCUCAAUAGGAUUACAACAAUCUUACAGCAUCUAACAUUUUACAGAACAUCGAGCUUAAAAUAGCCAUACUCAUUUCAAAAAUUGGUAAAUUGAUAAUGAACCUGUAUGGUACAAAGAGAUUCAUUUUAAAUGCAUUUUAAACAUUGAAAAAUAUCCUAACAUCAUUUCAACAUAAUUUCGAAUUCUUAGUCUUCUAGAUGAUGUUUACAUUUAUACAUAAAAUCAAAGGAAUAGUUUUUAAAUAAACCCAUUUCAUUCCAUAAAUUUUUAGUAUUGUCGUAUAUCUUCUAGCAUCCCAUAAAUUUCCAGUACUAGUAUACAUCAGAUACACUAACAAAUAUAACAAUUAAUUUACUUUUUGCCUGAUCUUGACAAAGAAAUGACGCUGAAUCGUUUAUGUAUGGAUACAAAUGUCAAUAUCUCCAAUACUGUCAACGACAUUGAAAACCUAAAUGCUAAUUCAGAGCUUAAGUAGUUACUGAGUUUUCCAUGAGCAACUAUUGACAGUGUAGAUUACCAACGUACUCUACUGAAAAUGAUUUUCAUUCUGAUUCCCGAAAUGAAGAUGAAGUAUUUACUCUUUAUGGCGUAUCAUAUUAACUCUGACUGAGUCGAUUAGGAUAGUUUUUUACGGCGAUUUUCAUCGUGACUAACAACGAGAAAGUCACUGAUAUUUUCUUUAUGUUCGGCGUAUUCUCAAACUAAUAUACUAUCCUCACAAAUAAAUAGGGUAGAUUUCUUGUCUCAAAGCCAACAGAUAUAUUGGUUUUGAAUGAAUUGUGAAUUUAGUUACUUGUCGUCAGUUAUGGAAUAUGAAUAAUAUUGAGGUCGAAGAGCUCGAGACCGAAACUUUGGAAAUGUUUAGAAAUAGAAACCAAAUAUUUUGAAGAUAAAUAUGGAUAAAAAGUUUCAAAUUGUGAUACUGUUUACUUGAAAUACAGAAUACAGAGAGGAUAAUAAUUUGAAACUACUCAUAAUUGGAUUCAUUCAAAAUAUAUUGAUAGACGUUUAGCAGAAAUAUACAAAAUAUAUAUACUAACCUUAAAUUCAAUUUGAUUUUGAUUUUUUUAGGUUUCAUUUACAAAGAGAAACUAUGUUCAAAAAGAUCUUUAAAAUAAAUGCAAACUAAUCAAUAUAAAAAGAUAAAAACGUUAUAACUGCAUUUGAUAUUUGUGGUUUGAAGCAACAGGGUUUUGUUUGUUUGCUUUCUGAAUCCAAUUUUUUAAAAAUUUAUAUUUUAUGAUUUAUUUAUCAAGCAAAGCUUCAUGAAAAGAACAUUCUUAUAAAUUUCCUUCUGGAUAAUAGAAAAAUAAUUAAUUUGAUAUUAUCUGCAAACAUUUAUCUUGGUUUGAUUCAUAAAAAAAUUGCAUGAUCUAUUAAUACUAAUGAAAUGGAUUAGUUAAAUCCCUCAUAAGUGACCAUUUAUAUGUUUCGAAAUGUUUCUGUAAGCUGUAAUUAAAUGUUUUCCAAUUGUAAAAAUCAAUAUUGCAAAGUUUCUUGUAAUAUAUAUAAUGUCUGUUGGAUGUGAAACGAGUAGACGUAGCUCCAGUUUUCUUAAAAAUGAUUAUAAUUUUAAAUAAUUCGAAGAUGUUUACUAUAUUUCAAUAUCCAUAUUCGUAAAUGUGCUAGUGUAUUUGUUUAUUUCCCUGUAAAAAGGAAUAGUGCUAAAUGUUUUAUACGAUUUGAAUAUGUCAUCUAUGGACAAUAGAAUUCAUUAAUUUUAUUAAAUAGUAUCUAAAGUGCUUUAAAUAAUAAUGAAUCAUUUACAAUAGUUUGGAAAAUGCAUUGUUUUGUAAAUAUUUUCAACCAUCGCUUUAUUGAUCUAUACUUGUUAAUUUGGGAAGAACAAUAGCUUACUGUUAGUUUUAUAAA